UUGAGAAGAUGCUUCCGAUAGAUGACAAAGGCAGGUGGGGUGUGUAAGGCGUAUAUUUCAUGGUAAUGGUUGGGUAAAAAUAAAGUGUCCACUGUCCACUGUCCACUGUCCAGGGAAGGCAGAAUGAAAGUGCUGCUUAAAAGGGAGAAAAGCAAACAAAAGUCUAGUGCUGUGCGUCACAUCUAAUGUCUUAGUUUCUGUGAUCUAAUCUAAAUUUUCAAGCUUCUACAAAUACCCACCCAAUCCAUUUUCAUAUAUAAUCUUCUACCACGAGCACGUGCUGCCUCCAUUCCAGAAUGCUUCGUUACCUUUUGAUGUUCUUCUUAUUGGGCUUGGGAACCCGUGUGGAGUCACACGAGGAAUCGGGUCAUUGGAGCUGCGAGUCCGAGUCGGAGAUCCGAGUCGAGGCUGAGUUCAAAUACGGUGUAAUCACACUGGAUGGUCACACCGAUGAUUGGAAGGACAUUGAUGGGUCCUACUUUCCCCUCCUUCCCGCCCUUGACCCAGAUGCUGAAAAUGAAUUCAAAGGGGGAAAGAUCACCGUUAAAAGUGUCCAUGACGGCCGCGAUAUCUUCUUUCUGCUGCAAGUAGAUGGUGACUAUGCCUACUCUAAAGGAGAAAGCAAUAAAUGUCCAUCUGUUGCUCUCAUGUUUCAAAUUGGAGAUGGUGCCUCUUAUCAUAAUAUGGGUGGCUGUGAAGAACAUCCGACCUCGUGCACUGACAAGAGCUGCAAAGGUCAUGAAGUUGACAUUAUGCACUUUUCAAUAGGAAGUGCCAUUCCAGGACGACUUUACGGUGGCAAUCCCCUAGACAAUAGAUAUGGAAAUGGCGGCGAUAGGUUUGGUCACUUGGUUGAUCUAUAUGCUUGGAAUCCACAUUGCAGAUACUUGGAUGGAAUUGGUCCUCCAGGUUCUGCUAAUGAUUCAAGUGCGCAGAAUGACUGGAAAGGUGCUUGGUGGCAUAGCAGCUUCACAGUUCACUCAGGAUUCGUAGAGGAUGAGAGUCCAUAUGCAGAUAAUGGAAAAAAGGGCACUUACUUUUUUGAAUUCUCGAGGCCUUUGAGGACUAUGGAUCAUCUUCAACAGGACGUGCAAUUUAACAUCGGUGGAUCCAGUAAGAUGUCUGUUGCAUUCUGGUAUCCAGUAGAUGGUCAACCGUGGCAUGGUUCCGGGCACUACUCUAUUUACUGUGAUUGGGUUCCCAUUGACAUAUCUGUUGGUAAUUCUUUGAGUGGCAAGUCAGUUGAUGCAGCAUCAAGUAGCUCGUGGAAUGUUGCUAGUGCCUUUUCUGUUAUACUAUCAGUAGCAGCACUUUGCGUGUCUGUUUUUGUGAGCUAUAGGGUGUUCAGCCCCAAGAGUGUCUCUUUUACACCAAUAGAGAACAACAACCUUUAAAUAUUGAACCAACAGCUUGAGUUUGGGAUUGUACUAUUCAUUAGGCUUGUACUAGAUAGGUUUGUACUGUUUAGUGCUUUCUCUUUGCUCUAUUUUUUUAUUAUAACUGAAGCAUUACUUUAGUUAUUUUAAGCAGUGUCAGAAAAGUAUUAAUUCAUUAUCAGCAUUAUGGAGUUCCAUCCUCUUUGGCUUA